AAGAACGCUCUUGGAAAUGUAGCUGUGACUCUGCCCCAAUGAAAAGAAAUCGGUCUGAAUUCUCGCGAUCAAUAGUUCUGGCCACCGUUUAAUCAAACACAAUUCAAGUUAAUACAAAGCGCUCUUUCCGCCAGCCAAUCUUAGCCUUUAAGAGGCGGGGGAUAUAGAGCAACAUGUGCAAGAUGAUCUCCCAAUACACUGACUGACAGAGAACGGAGAGCAGGAAACUUUUCAGAAAGCCCAGAUUAUCCCAAAGUGUUUUGCAUCUAAGAUGGCAUCGAUUAAACGGUUGACAACUCUUUUCCCUGUUUCCUGGGAGCAAACGCUUAUAUGUCUGAGCAGUUUGUUCGUUACACUCUUCAUUUUGCUGGUAGUUCGCCAGCUCGUAAAGCAGCGGAGACCCCGAGGGUUUCCCCCUGGACCGACACCUUUACCCAUGAUAGGGAAUAUUCUGUCCCUAGCCACAGAGCCUCACGUCUACAUGAAGAGGCAGAGUGAUAUCCACGGACAGAUUUUCAGUCUAGACCUGGGAGGAAUCUCGACUGUUAUUCUAAAUGGUUAUGAUGCCAUUAAAGAGUGCCUAUAUCACCAAAGUGAGGUUUUUGCAGAUCGUCCAUCCCUCCCUUUAUUUCAGAAGAUGACAAAAAUGGGAGGCCUUCUGAACUGCAAAUACGGCCGAGGCUGGUUUGAACACCACAAACUGGCUAUGAACUGCUUCCGCUACUUUGGCAGCGGUCAGCGGAUGUUUGGGAGGAUUUCUGAGGAGUGCCAGUUUUUUCUCGACGCCAUUGACCAGUAUCAGGGGAAGCCCUUUAACCCCAAACAUCUCGUGACCAAUGCCGUCUCCAACAUCACCAACCUCAUUAUCUUCGGGCAACGCUUCACCUAUGACGAUGGCGAUUUUCAACACAUGAUUGAGAUCUUCAGUGAAAAUGUGGAGCUGGCAGCCAGUGGUUGGGCUUUCAUGUACAACGCCUUCCCCUGGAUGGAGUAUGUGCCCUUCGGGAAGCACCAAAAGCUCUUCCGCAACGCCAACAAGGUCUACGACUUCCUACUGCAAAUCAUCAAGCGCUUCUCACAGGAUAGGGUACCCCAGUCGCCGCAACAUUACAUUGAUGCCUACUUGGACGAAAUGGAGCAGAGCACCACUGAUAAAGCUACAUCUUUCUCUCAAGAUAAUCUCAUUUUCUCCGUUGGAGAACUCAUCAUUGCGGGCACAGAGACUACCACAAAUUGCCUGCGCUGGGCUAUGCUCUACAUGGCUCUGUAUCCCAGGAUACAAGAGAAGGUCCAAAUGGAGAUCGAUUGCAUCCUGAAUGGCAGACCACCUGCUCUUGAAGACAAGCAGAGGAUGCCGUAUGUGGAGGCAGUGCUGCAUGAAGUCCUGCGCUUUUGCAAUGUCGUCCCACUGGGCAUCUUCCGCGCGACAUCUCAAGAUGCAGUGGUGCGUGGCUACACUAUCCCCAGGGGCACCAUGGUCAUCACUAACUUGUACUCGGUGCAUUUUGAUGAGAAGUACUGGAGUGACCCAUCCAUCUUCUGCCCAGAGCGGUUCCUUGACUGUAAUGGCAAAUUUGUCCGGCAUGAAGCGUUUCUUCCUUUCUCUAUAGGUAAGCGGCACUGUCUGGGAGAGCAGUUGGCCAGGCUAGAGAUGUUCUUGUUCUUCACCACGUUGCUCCAGAGGUUUCAUCUUCAGUUCCCCGAAGGCUUUAUUCCAAGCCUCUCCCCGAAACUAGGCAUGACCCUUCAGCCUCGGCCGUACUCCAUAUGUGCCAUCAGGAGACAGCAGUAAAACUUGCCCUGCCCUCUUCACACACUAGUUUAAAUACCCCUGACUCGGAACAGGCAAAGUACACAUCCGCUCCCAUGCAAAACACAGAACACACAAAAUGACACAGACAGGCAAAAAUCAAUUGAGGAGAGUGAAACUCUUGUUCAGGGAUGGUGCUUUUAUGACAGCUAUAAAUAAUAACAAAAAAGUCAAUUCUCCCCCACAACCCUGAAAAGGCUGAAUGGUUACAUCAGACAUUGCUAUCUAAAUGCUACAUAAAAAAAGUGAAUGCCAUCAUAAAGUACUGAUGACAGGAACGGUCGGAGGUUACUGUGGUGCGACGAACCCCCCAAAAGUGAGAUACCACAGUCGAGCGAGUGGUCAACACGAGGGGAUGGGGCGCCGUGAUGCUCUGAUCCGCCGUCACCCCGCUUGGCGACCUGAAUGAUGUUCAGAGCCCAGCCCGGGUGAGCUCAGUGAAGUGAAGGGGAAGGGGGAUGAUCUGAGCCAUAGCGGAGUCCCGGAUCCAAGAACUGAUGAACACACAGUCUGGACAGAAAAAGAGAGACAGAACGAGGGAGAGAGAGAGAGAGAGAGAGAGAAGCACCACAAGCUGCUUUGGAUGCGCACAAGCCCCCAACACAGAACACACCCUGAGCACAGGCCAAAAAAAGUGACUAAUGAACAAACCCACAAAGGGAGACAGAGACAGGGAGGCAUCCGGCAUCGCCGCCAGCUUUAGAAAUUAGGGGCUUUCGGCAAAGAGUGGUUAUGGGUAGGAACAAAAGACAGUGCACCAAAAAAAAAAAAAAAAAAAAACAACAAACUGAAAAACACAACACCCAAACACAUCCAACAUCUGUAAAUAGCAUUAGAUUAAUAAAAAACAAAAAAAACUCCUGAAACAAGAUGAUAAUUACAUGGUCUCAAUGUACAAUAUAUGUCAGCCGUAUGUAGAAAACAGACGCAUUGUUGAUUAAUUAAAAAUAUAUAAUAUAAUAUAUAUAUUUAUAUAUGCAAGUAUUCUUUCUGUGCAGAGGUUAAACACUUGUUUGGUAGUAAAAUGUGCACAUUUAUAUCUUUUUUUUUUUUUUUUUUUUUUUUU